CGACGCAUGCAUGCAGAAUGAUUGUGUUCUUUGCUAAUGCGCUGCUGAAAAAGAUCAAGCGGUUGUAAUUAAAGUGUGUGUUGGCUGACAUAAAGCAAUGUCCUCGAGACAGUUCCUGAAACCCCUUGGCUAUCACAAGACAGACUUUCUCCGCCGAUCGAACGGCUUGCCCUGUGCUAAUGGGGACCCUGAACUUCAUCUCUCGCCUCGGCAGCAGCCGUGUAACGACAGGACCCCAGGCAGUAGUCGGCCCGACUGUGUCAAGAACAAAACGUCUACCAUGUCGAACCUGGUGCGCGAUCAGCUGGGCCAGCGAGGAACUGGCGACGUGGUCUGUGCUGGUCUUGUGCGUGGCCUUGAUCACAUCAGAAAUCCACAAUUGAACAAGGGCAUGGCAUUUACCAUCGAAGAGAGGCAGACUCUGGGCAUACAUGGUCUCCUGCCGGCGGCCGUGAAAACCCAAGACGAACAAUUAGAGCUUUGUCGUCUUAAUGUGGACCGCUACGCGGACGAUCUCUCGAAAUACAUUUAUCUCAUAGGCCUAUUGGAUAGAAACGAGAAACUCUUCUACCGUUUAUUGGCAGAAGAUGUAGAUAAAAUGAUGCCGCUGGUCUACACGCCGACCGUGGGCUUGGCGUGUCAGAAAUUCGGUCUAGUUUACCGCAGGCCACGCGGCCUUUUUAUAAGCAUUCAUGACAAGGGGCACGUUUACGACAUUCUGAAAAACUGGCCCGAGCACGACGUACGGGCGAUCGUCGUCACGGACGGUGAAAGGAUAUUGGGAUUAGGCGAUCUAGGCGCUUACGGCAUGGGUAUACCCGUAGGAAAGCUGUCGUUGUACACCGCGCUAGCCGGCAUCAAGCCUCAUCAGUGCUUGCCUAUCACUUUGGACGUUGGCACCAAUACUCAGUCUUUACUGGAUGAUCCUCUCUACAUCGGUCACAGACACAGACGUGUCACUGGACAAGAGUACGACGAGCUGUUGGAUGAAUUCAUGGAGGCUGUUGUGAAGCGAUACGGCCAGAAUACAUUAAUUCAGUUCGAAGACUUUGGCAAUCUUAAUGCGUUUAAGCUACUAAGCAAAUACCGUAAUGAUUAUUGCACUUUCAACGACGACAUUCAGGGCACUGCCUCUGUCGCCGUUGGUGGAUUAUUGUCAUCGCUUCGCGUCACGAAAACGAAGCUUUCGGAGAACACAAUCGUAUUUCAGGGCGCCGGCGAGGCGUCGUUAGGUAUCGCGGGAUUGUGCGUGACCGCGAUGCAGAAGGAAGGAGCGAGCGAGGAAGAAGCUAAACGCAAAAUCUGGUUAGUAGAUUCGAAAGGAUUGAUAGUGAAAAACCGUCCGAAGGGUGGACUGACGGAACACAAACUGGAAUUCGCCCGUGACGGCGAGCCGAUCGACACUCUACUGGAAGUCGUCGAGACGGCCAAACCUUCGAUUAUCAUUGGCGCGGCUGCUAUCAGAGGCGCUUUCACGACCGAGAUACUGAAGGAAAUGGCACGAAAUAAUGAAACGCCUGUCAUCUUCGCUCUGAGCAACCCGACGAGCAAGGCCGAGUGCACUGCCGAGGAGGCGUACAUCGCUACGGAGGGAAGAUGCAUAUUCGCUAGUGGCUCGCCUUUCCCACCGGUGACGUACGGCAGCAAGACUCUCUAUCCUGGUCAGGGUAAUAAUAGUUACAUUUUCCCUGGAGUGGCGCUGGCCGCGAUAUGUGCCGGUAUGCGCACAAUCCCCGAAGAGACCUUCCUGAUAGCCGCAACGGCUCUCUCCAACUUGGCGUCGCAAGCGGACCUGGACAGCGGGAAUCUUUAUCCGCCACUGGCAGACAUACAGAAAUGCUCGCUCAGUAUAGCAUGUGCAGUAAUGAAAUAUGCGUAUGAGAACUGUUUGGCGACCGUCUAUCCGGAGCCUAAGGAUUAUGAAAGUUUCAUCAAGGCGCAAUUAUACGAUACAAGCUACAAGCCGUCCAUACCUCCCGUCUAUGCAUGGCCAAAAUUAUAAUACUUACAUUCGCUAUAAUUUGGCCGUGAUUUUUAAUUCACAAUUUACAAUCUUGGAAAUCACUCUUUAUCGAGAAAUUUUAUCCUUUUUUUUUGUGAGGCCUGUUGAUCGGGCUAAUAUUGUUUAAUAUCGCAUACGUCUGCGAAUAUGUGUGACUAGUUGUAAUGUAAGAACAAAAAUAAAUAAAAAGGAAUUUAGAAGAC